AGCCCGAAAGAAGGACCCAAGCAGCCACCGACGUCCCCCUUUCAAAAAUUGGCAAAAAGCUUGAAAUUUCUCCUUUCCUUCUUGUUCAAGAACAAGCUUUAGGACUUAGAACUCUCUCUCUCAACCCAGAAAUUCCAGAUCUGCUCUGCUCUUCCUCCCCUGUCCGUCGUUGCUGCUAUGUACGAAUUUCUGGGCAUUUUUCUGCACCGUGAGUCUUCCCUGCAGAUUUGCCACUGGCCUCUUCCCCUCGCCAGAUCCGGUUCUGCAGCUGGAAAAUUUUGGGUAAGUUGACAGCUCCUCCAAGUCCAAAUUAUCCAUGUAGUUGCUGCCUUGUGUUGAUUGGAUUUUCUGCUUUUGAAUUGCCCUUUUUGCUGUCCGAAAAUGAGAGAAAUUUAGGUGAAAUUGUGCUGGAAGGUGGAAUGAAUUUUGGUAGCUUUAAGUGGGUUUUUGUUUAAUUUAAGUGGAGGUUAGCUUGAGUUGGUUGCGGUGAUGUUAAUUGUGGAAGAAUCCUAUGACAUUCCAUGACUUGCUGUUUUUGGCCAAAGCUCGGUUUCUCCAUGGCUGUCUGUCGAAUUGGAAACCAUUUAUAUGUGUGAUUGUGUAUAUAUAUAUAUACACACAAUCCGAUUGUGAUGCCCAAAAUUGGAUGAAAUAAAUAAAUAAAGAAAAGAAAUAAAAUUUCCUUAUGGGCUUAAUUGUCGGUAACAUUAGAAAGGAUUAAAUAGGUAGUUUUUAUAUGGAUAUUAAUUCUGGAAUAUUUUGGCUAGGUUCUUGAAUAUUCUAUCACCUUAGCACUUGGAGUGAGUCUUCGGUUUUGUGCAAAUGAGGUAAGUAAAUUAUGGUAAAACCCUUCGAUUUUAAAACAUGUCUUAAAUUGUUUUUGAGAUGGUGGCAAGUUUUAAAUUGAUUUUAUCAGCAUCUGAGUGUGAUUAAACUGAAAUGAAAAUUGUGAUAAUUUUUAUGAAAAUUAUUAUUUUCUGGAAUUGAGCAUGAUUGGAAUAAAAAUGGGAAUUUCAUUGUUUUUCUGGAGUUGAGCAUGCCCACAUGAAAUUUUUUGAUUUAUUCUUGAAAUUGAGAUUAAUGGUGAAUUAUGGAUUUUCUGUAAAUUUUGCAUGGUUUUGUCUUUGAUAUGGUCAUAAUUAUUGACGCCCACCAGUGGGAGUUUGUAAACGCUGGCACAUGUCGACAUGUUUACUGAUAUGACUGGUUCAUUCUGUAAUCCUACCGAUGGGAUAAUACAUUGGUAAUUACUGACGCCUGCCAAUGGGAGUUUGUUAAACACUGGUACCAUUACUGACGCCUGCUAGUGGGAGUUUGUUAAAUACUGGUACUUCUGUAACCUUGCCAAUGGGGUUAAACAUUGGUUAUUACUAACGCCUGCCAGUGGGAGUUUGUUAAACACUGGCCAUGACUUAUAGAUGAGACUACUGAUGAAUUUUACUAUGCAUGAAUGGUUUAUCAUUGAACGCUUUGCUAUUGAACUGGAUUUGAUUCUGCAUUAAUGGUUUGUCAUUGAACGCUUUGCUAUUGAACUGAAUUUGAUUCUGCAUUAACGGUUUAUCAUUGAACGUUUUGUUAUGUUAAACUGUUUAUCAGGCAUGCUAAAAUUUUAC